AUGAGCGUGUUCGCGGCUAGCUGUGGCGCAUCGAAGAUCUGUGCUAUUGAAUCGAACGUCUCACUUUGUAGUCUGGCAAAGAGAGUUCUGAGCUUGAAUGGAGUUGAUGGGGCGAAGGUUAUACGCGAUUAUUCGUUCAACUAUCGUCCAGAGGAUGGAGAUCUGGCGGACAUAGUUGUGUCAGAAAUUCUUGAUUGUUGUGCCUUUGGCGAGGGAGUAAUCCCCACGUUUCUUGAUGCUCAUCUAAGGCUAGCUACAAACAUGGCACGAUUCAUCCCGGCAAAUGUCACGCUGUAUGCUACUUUGGUCGAAUCACCAACAAUCUACCUCAGUCAUGCUUUCACGUCACCGUCGGGCAAGGAGUAUCGGUCGGAGUAUGUGAGAACUUCUGAUGGACGUGAGUAUUCACUCGUUGGCUUGGCUGCUCCAUCCAAACUGUAA